UCGUUAACCUGUGUGACUAUUAACAGGUUCCAUUAAGCACCACCAAAGGGGACAUGCCAAAGCAGUCAGCUGUUGGUCAGUCAGAAAGCCUCCCCACAGGCCGCUUGGAAACCGUUCAGGGUUCUACUUGGUGGCCAUCUCCGACUUGGAGGGCUGUAGACGUAUCCGGGAAGUACAACCCCGACUUUUCACAUCUCUCGCCAUCCGGUCCUGCACCAAGCACUACCUCCCCGCUUGUUUCGGUCCCCACAGAAAUGGCGGGCAGCGGGUCUGGUAACGAGGCUUUGCUGGACACCAACCCUGAUGACAUCAGCAUGGCAACGCCAAAAGAGGGGGACGCAGCCCUAUCGGGGACUCAAUCAGGGGACGGGACGGAUGUCACGGUUCACUCCCAUUCUGACAUUCUUGAUCCACACACCACAACACCAGCAGGCACCUCCGUCAGCACACCAGCAGCGACGACAAUCGCAUGCUCGACUGGGGAGUCGCUGACUCUAGCAUGAGAGCCUCUCACAGCAGUCGGACCGCUGCUCCUGUCUUCACCAUCACAAACUACAACGUUGACAACAGUUCUGGUACUGGCAUUACUGGCAACAACCGACACGUGACUUCUGGAGGGACAUCACAUGCACCAGACACCAAAGACCAGUUGACCUCUAGGGAGAGGUCACCACCUGUCACCACUGAAGCACUUGACACAGCCUCCAGGACCACACCAGCAGUGGACGGCCAGACUAUGUGGAGCCCCCCUCCUUCAUCACCCACUCCCGGGCUACUGAUGGUGGUUCAAGUCCAGCUGCAGAUGACGUGGACGGAGUUCUGUCACAGUCGGCCAGCUUUCUACCUGGAACUGGUGGAAAUUCUGCGGCAGGACGGACAGCAGUCGCAUGUGUCCACGGAUCAGAUCCGCCUGAUGGACCAGGAGGGCGUUAAGUGCGCGCGGCAGCAGGGGGAGACAAGCAGCCAGCAGCAAGAGGAGAUAAGCGGCCUGCAGCAGGAAGCAGCCGCCAUUGUGGUGCGUCUGUACCUCGUCAACAAGAGUGAGCGCUAUGACAGUUAUCUCACUGUCGUCUGUGCGCAGGUCAUGAAGCAGGGCUUCCAGGUCCGGGACACGUCCUUCUUCAAGAACAAGCUGGUUGACGUGCAGCUGCAGCAACUGCCCGUCCCUGACCCCGCCCUGGCCACGCCCGCCACCUCCGCAGACAACACAGACCCGAUGAAAGAGAAGAACGACGAUAACGCGGACGAGCUGAUCAACGAACCUGGCGUCACCAUCGCUGUUGUCAUCGCUGCUGUGGGCGGUGCUUGCUGCGUCACGCUGAUCGUCAUGCAGGUUGUCCUCCGGCGGCGCUACAGGCGAGACCUGCGGCGGAUGGUGGUCAGUCGCAGUUACUCCGUGUCCAGUGUCGACUCCAUCGCCCUGGCCGCCGUCAGCAAGUCGCGACCCAGCAGCGGCCUCUUCAACCCCGCCCUGGAUGUGACCCCAGACCAGGCUAAGCCUAGUCAUGUCCUGGGUGCCACAGAACUUAUCAACUUCAGUCUGGAUCUUACCAAAAUCUUUGAGGAGUUUGUGCUGAUACCCAACAAAACGCCCCGCUUGUCUGUGGUGCCACCUGGUGCUGAGGAUAAAAAUAGAUUUGCUAAUGUCCUUCCCAUACCCGAGACACGAGUGGAGCUGAGCAAAAGACCAGGAGACGCUGUCAGUAGCUACAUCAACGCCAACUUCGUGACUGGCUAUGGCCACCAGAAGAAGCGUUACAUCGCCACACAGGCGCCGCUAGAGGGCACACUAGAGGACUUGUGGCGGAUGGUGUGGGAGCAGCGAUGUCCAGCUAUCGCCAUGCUCGUUAACAUUGUGGAAGACGGUCACGUGAAGUUCGCGCCAUACGUCCCUGAAUCCGUUGGUCCUGAAUCGUCGGUGACAUUCGGCGAGUUCUGCGUCACCAUGACACGACGUGACGUGCACCAGGAGUACAUUACAUCAUGGCUGGAGCUACAGUCAAAGAAAACUGGCGAAAGGCGGAGCUUGCAUCACUUCUGGCUGACUUGCUGGCCGGCCUCAGGGCGAGUGGAGCCCAUCUCGCUCGUGCGCUUCGUGCUGGACAUCCGCCCAGCCUACCAGGACGUCACUGAGCCCCUCCUGGUCCACUGCAGCACGGGCACUGGCCGCACGGGGACGCUGCUAGCGCUGGACGUCUGCAUGCGACAGUUUGAGGAGCGGCGCUGUGUGGACGUCAUGGGCUGCGUGCACGACCUGCGACAGGAGCGGGCGGGCUGCGUGCAGACAAAUCAACAGUAUGCGCUUCUGUACAGCGCACUACAAGAGUACGUCACGAUUGUCAGCAGUCCAGGCAUUUCUGCAGCUUCAUCUGCCACCACCUUGCAUGCCAUGUUGCCAUAGCGACAGCUCGCCCUCUACAGCAUUGCCCUGAGACCAUCAGACCGACAGUUACACCAUUCGUCAUCAUGUUGGUCAUUCGACCAGCCUCGUCACACCUUCAUCGUCAUGUCACAUACAUGUUGGUGACAAUAUAAAUACCUCGUCACACCUUCAUCGUCAUGUCACAUACAUGUUGGUGACAAUAUAAAUACCUUGUCACACCUUCAUCGUCAUGUCACAAUCAUGUGGAGACCAAUGUUCAUAGAUGCGAUGGUACAAUGUUUGUAGACAACGUUCAUCGUGUUUACCACAACAUUUGACGAUCGUGAAUCAUGUUUGUUACAUUAUUGAGAUACGACUGCAUGAUGUUUACAUUGUUUACAUGAUGUUUACAUUGCCAAUGCUUAUCUUGUUGGCUACAGUAUUAUGACAGAAAUACGAAUAACUUUAUGGUCUACAGUAUUAUGAGAGAAAUGCUAAUAACUUUAUGGACUACAGUAUUAUGACAGAAAUACUAGUAACUCUAUAGACUACAGUAUUAUGACAGAAAUACUAGUAACUCUAUAGACUACAGUAUUAUGACAGAAAUACUAGUAACUCUAUGGACUACAGUAUUAUGACAGAAAUACUAGUCACUGUGUGGACUACUGUGGUAGCCUAGUAGAGGACCAGUUGUUGUGUGGCAAUUGUUGGCCUCAGGAGGUCGACUGUCAGAAGUCGUCCUUUUGAAACUUUGGUUAGUCUGUGAUGACAACCACAUAUGUGACAUGACACUAACCGGAACUGUGACAUGGUGGUACUCAGACUCAAGAUAAUUUCCUGAAUCACCUGGUGCCUACCCCAGGGGUCACGUGCCUGAGGCUCUGUUUGCCUUCAACUGACCGACAGUGACGUGUCGAGGGCUCUGACCACUUGCCCGCCUUGUACUUGCUGACGGUCCACUCACUGGUCAGUGUUAGGUGAUGGAGAAUGUCAAAUACUUUCUUUGGAUCGGGAUUUGAAGGGUUCAAGCGAGAAAACUAGUAGCUGUUGAUAAAACUGCUGGUAGAGUGAUGUCACACAAGCUGUGUGGUUGUUGUCACCGACACAAAUUGUAGGAAGCUGCAGAUGUUGUGUGACACGUUGUACAACACUGCCAUGACUAGUGUGGUCAGUCACGUGCUGACAGUGUGUCAUGUCAAGGCAAUGAAGCUGACAAUGGUGAUGUGAUUUGUUGAAGCUCUGAUUGUGUCAGAAACAUGACAGGCUGCUGAUGUGAAAGUGUUUGGCCUGAGAGGCAAGUGGACGAGGCUGUGGUGUCAAAGUGCGAAUAUCAACACCGAGGUUGUGUGGCAGUGGUGGUGGAAGCUGCUGAUGUCGAUAUCGUCGGACAAGUGGCGACACAAGUCGAGAUGUACUUCUAUAAACAGACAUCAGCUCACACUUUGAACACAUCUUAAAAAUAAACAAAUCUCAUGUUACUGAUGCUACUGACCAAGAAUCAGUUUGUACCCACAGUUGUGACAGAAAUAUCUCUCUUCAUGCAGCUUAGAGUGUGUCACUUACAGUUAUUCAAAUAGUUUCUACUGUUGAUAUCGUAGCGAAAACAGUAAAAAAUAAAGGUAAAGAGACAAAAGCAGAGUGAAAGACGAGAAAUAUUGCAAGCUGCCACAGCCUGGGGAGACUUCACACAAAGUACUGAUCACAUGACCACAAACACUAAUUAAUCUCAUUAACCAGGUUAGUAAUCUGGCAUCACCAUCAGGGUAAUUAAGUUAAUUACCACCUUCGUACUGUGUCAUGUCGUGGUCACAGUCACACCCUGGGUAUGCUGUUGACUGGCUUGUGGCCUGUUGUUGUUUCUCAUCUCAAGCUGGGCUGGGGACAUCCUCGUGUAAACAUCAACAGUCGUCAAGAGACGAGACAGGACCUGUCCCAUUGUGUGUGUGUGAAAUAUCACAUGAUAUAUAUGUGUGUGUGUGUGUGUGAAAUAUCAGGUAAAAUAUAUAUGUGUGUACAUACAUGAGUGCACAUGAGCAUGUAUGUAAUGGUGUGUGUGUGUGUGUUUAUAGUUAGAAUGCAUGUGUGCGUAAUGUAUGAAUAUGCACAUGCAUGUCUGUGUGUAUGGUUGUGUGCAUGUAUGUAUGUAAGGGGAGGGAAGAGAAAGAGAUACAUGGAGGAAGUUCUGUCUACUCUGGAAUCAGAGCUAAAAAUAUUUGAUGUUUGCGAAUUGUUUAAGCCAACCAAGGAAGAACUUCACUGAUUAAACUGUCAUCCACAUCA